CUUCAACUCAUGACGAAGCGCCCUCAAACUCGUCAACUAGUCGAGUUCCAGGUCAAGUAUGGUAUGCUAUCACCGCCCUCUGCAAUUCAUGACCACUUUUGGGGUGUCUUCUACUAAUACCAGUUGGAUAGUGAUCGUUGUCGACGGUAUGUCCUAUAAUGAAGACUGCAGCUUGUUUUAAACCAUGUCAACACCAACAAGAUAAUCUGCAAUCGGCGUUCCCCACUAACACAGGCCUUAGAAGAAAGAUUCGAUGUCACGGCCAAGACAAUGAUUGUUCUCCAUGUCUCCAAGCCAAUGUUAUCUGUGUUACAACCGCAAAGUUGAAGAGAAAUAGGAAGCGCAAAAGUUUCUACGAGGCCGAAGGCGUUGAGCAGCGCCGUGAAACACCACCGGAUGUUUCUCAACAUGCCACGGACACCGGUUAUCCUCUACAGAAUGCAGCAGUUCCAAUCUCUCCGACAAGUACCAUAACUCCCCGGCCGCUUCCCUUCCAGCCGGCUGCUCAAGGAACAGCACUCCCUACUACGUCCAGGUCAUCUAGCCAUCAAAUGAGCACCGCCCAAGCCCUCUCUCAGCCUGUUGCUCUAAACCCAACGAAGGAGCCUGUGAUUGGCCAUAUGGGCCGCCUUGUAGCCGAUGAUCGACAAGCAUCUAUGUUCGGCGGUUCAACUACAGGCGUCCACUUCAUAAGUCAAGUUGAACAGCAGCUUCAACUUCUCCAGAUGCAUAAGGAUGCACUCCCCAGCUGUGCAUAUGGCCUAUACCUACAUAGUCCCUGGGGAGCUUCAGUCCACAGUUCUGGAUCGCCAGUGGCGGACAUCAUCGCUCAACUUCCUCCGAGCACAAUUAAGAUUGUGGAAGCGACCAUAGACCGGUGGACACCAUUAUAUCCCAUUGUUCACAAGUCAUCGACAAUUGAUGCUAUUCAAAGGUUACUGAGCUUGUAUCAAAGUCCAGGCUAUGAUGUCGUUAUCCUUUACCAAACAAUCAGUCUACUUGCAUUAGGAAUGAUUGGCCAGAGAGGAGAUUGUACACAACAACAUAAUCACUUUCUAUGUGCUUCUGAACCUUUUUACAUUAUUUCCACUACUUUGUUAGACAGUGUUAUUGGCCAACCAUGUUUGCAAAGCUUGCAGGGUUUAGUAAUCACACAGAUAUAUGUUCAGCUGUCAGGGCGCUAUUCAACAGCAUCCCAUAUAUCCGGUCUAGCUACUCGACUGGCUCAGACUUUGGGGUUGCAUCGACAUUCUGGUCGGUUUAAGUUCGACCCCCUCGAGACAGAACUGAGAAGACGGGCAUGGUGGUGCCAAUAUUCCUUAGAUGCGUUCUCAAGCGCUUAUCAUGGAAUGCCCCGUCUGAUUCGUGAUCAAGAUGUUGAUACCGAUCUCCCGACAAGUGUCGACCAUGACCUCUUAUCUCGCACUCACGUCGAAUUCCCUUUACCAGGUGAGCGAUCACAAGUAGAUACAGCUAUUAGUCUGUUCAAGCUUGCUCGCAUCAUUGGCCGUACUCUCGAAGACCUAUAUACUACAACCCGGCGCCGAGGGGGCGUAGCUAAAAUUACACGUCUACAGGCUGAGCUCAACAUGUGGGAGCGGGUCGUUCUUGAACCUGAGAUUGACCCUGAGCUGUCCACGCCAGUGACUAGCAAGCUUCUAGAGGCCACAUUUUUGAGAGUUGCACACUGCGUUGCUACAAUUCACAUACAUCGACCAGCUUUGUCGUUUACAACUGCAGACCCCCAAUUCGUUUCAUCUCUCAAAGCGUGCGGACAGGCUUCCGCUAGACUUGUUGAGUUAUUGUCUUCUAGUUUAAGUAUUCUGGGAACAAAUCAUGCCGCAAGUCAAGUCAUGGCGGGCGACUGGCCAGAGACUAUGCUUGUCACCCUUCUUUAUCCCAAUGGAAUACACAUGCUUUGGCAAGCAGGGUUAACAAUCCUCUUCACGGGCUGGAAAGGGUAUCCCGUAACAGUUGACCAAGACGAGAACCUGAUACAGUUAUGUAUUGCAACCCUAAAGGAGUUUCACAGGCACACAGAUGAUAUUGGGAAUUAUAUUGGCCAAUGUGCUGAUGUUUUGGACCUACUUUGCAAGAAGAUCUUCUCGGAUUUGGAAACACUACCUGAUCUUGAGCAGCUCCAGUGGAAUAUUUGGGAUUGGCCAAUAGCAUCAGCGCUCGAACUUGUAAAUACUCUUGAUAUAAUACCCUUGGACUUGAACUUAAAUUCAUUUUCAUAAAUAUAAAAGUUAUACUAUAGUCUUUAAUACUAUAGAAUUAGCAUAGCUAUAAUAGGAUCUAAAAUGCUUACCAUUUUAGG